AUGUGUCCACGGGGAGGAUUCGCCCUUCUUUUUUUUUCUGCUGCCGCUGCUGCACACGCACUCGUCAAAGAGUUGAUUGAGAAGCGCGCUGCACUCGGGUACCCAGGCACAUGUCCACUGCGCGCACAUUCAAAGUACAAAAAAACAGAGGUGGGCGUGCGCAUCCCCUUUUCGCAGCCCUCCGUUGACAAAUGGCACACAAAAGGACGUGCCACCUCCACACACACGACACAUAUCCAGGAUGCUGUCUACAUACCAUUAUUAGUUAUAAUUUACUUCCCAGGCCUUUUUUACAGAGCGGGGAGGGGCAAUGUGGAAACUCAAGUGCCGUUGCGUAGGAUAGCGCUAAUGGUGUCUGCUGGUGCAAGAUAA